AUGUCGGAUGAGCUGAAGAAAAGGCUCGUCGACGAUUUAUCCAACUAUUCAGGUUAUUUAACGAAAUCUGAUGUUAGACCUUUUGCAAUUGCAGCGUUAGCCCAAAUAAAUUCUCCAGAUUUUUCUGUUCCAAUCAAAACAGGUGAAUCUGCGGUCAUAAAAGCAAUAGACGCCAUCAUAAAAUCGAAAAAUUAUAAGCUCCAAUCAGAAUAUACCGUUUCAUUGCUUUGUGAUUUAGUGUCUGGAGGAUUUUUCGGGCUAAUUGCAAUUAAUGAAUCACUUCAAAUACUAGAAUCAGUAUCAUUAGUGUCAAGUCAACUCAUUGCACUUAAAAUAAUCCAAUUUUCUGCUAAUUUGAUUCCUUACAUUUACAAAGAUUCGACUUCUUUAUUUUCAAUUUUCUCAAUCAUGCUGAAAAUGCUAAGCCACAAGAUCCCUCUUAUACAAAAUACUGCAUUUGCUACUUUACAACAGAUGCUUUCUUCACUUUUUGAUUUAAUUCAAAAAUAUGAAGGUGAAUUACCAAAAAGACUUCUCAAAUCACUUUCAUCGUUGACACCUGAGAAAUUAUCAAAACCAUUAAAUGCUUUAACUUAUAUAAUUUUAUCAGAUUUUAGAAAUAUGUUAAAUGAAAAGCCAACACAACACAUCCACGUCAGCGAAAUCAAUCAAUCGAAGCUUAUCAACCUAUUCAACACCAUUCUAUCAAAUAAUUCAGUUUAUUUCAAAUCCGAAAAGCAAUUUUUAGAAAUUAUCGAUUCAAGUAUACAACUACCGAUGACAAAUAAAGUUUACUUAUCAUUGUACCUCACUUUUAUCAAUUUUUACAUUGAUUCUUUGCCACAAACCGCAAUUGCAAUUUAUUCUCACUUUUUAUCGGAAUGCAACCCUGAUUCACAAUAUACAAACUCAUUGUUGUUCUUUAGAUCAGUUUAUUCGGUUUCUUCUCAAUUUUUGAAUAAUUUUAUAAAAUAUUGCGAUACAACGUUCUCUUUGUCAUCGGCAUUGAUAGAGUCGUUAUCGAGAUUCUCAAAUCAUAUCAAUUUAGCAUCAACUGUUGAUAUUUCAGCAAAUAAAAAUUUUGAUUUUAAUUUGAACGGACAAAUGACACUAGAAGUAGCUACAAAGAUUGCCAUUGAGAUAGCAAUAAUAUUUACAUCAAUGCCAGGCGAAUUUAUUGAUCAACAGUGGAAUAAGAUAUUUUUAUUGAUUUUGGAAGGUUUUUGCAUCUGUUCUCUUGAAACAUCGCAACAUAUAUUGGCUUCCUUCAAUAAAUUACUUGAUAAUUUGUAUUCUUCUCGUAAUUCUGAAGCAAUUUAUUUGAUAAUUAAAAUUUUCUCAGAUUUAGUGACAGAUUCAACAGAAGAAGAUGAAAACCAACUUGUAAAAGACGCAAAAACACUAAUAAAUGCAAGAAAACAAAAUUCUCAAUUUUCAUCCAAAAAAGAUUUGAUGAAUAGCUUGUUUAUUAGGUUAUUUGAGUCCAACAGUAAGCUUAUAUCAUCACAUUAUGACCUGAUUUUCAAAUCUUUUUCGAUUUUCCCAACAAUCGGAAUUGAAACUAAAAAAACUCAAGAACUAUCAAUAGAAGACAUAAAUCAAAUCAUCAAAUGCCUUAUUAAAGAUGAUGAGUGCUAUUUGAAGCUCCUUUCCAAGGUCUAUCGCUCAAAUAUUCAAAGAUUUGAUGAAAUUUGGCAAAAUUCCAUUUUACAAUACAAAAGUGACGAAAAAUCAAUACCUGCUUUGUCUGAGAUUGCCAUUGUAUCGAUAGAUUCCGAGUUUCCUGUUCUUUCCUCGAAAAUUUGCAGUGAAUUUUUAGAAACAGACUUUUCAGAGGAAACUGACAUCUACAAACGUCAGUUACUUGAAUAUCUGUCAACUAAGCUCCAGAGUCCGCCACAUCCUCCAAACGAAGCUUGGCCUUUCAUUAUUAAAUUAUUUUCACCGAGAAAAUGCAACACACAUGAGUCAAUUAACAUUGCUUUCUCUGGUUUCUCAUUUAUUGUUAAGAAUCUGCUGAAAGAAGUGCCAGAUUGCGAUCUUUCCGCGAUUAUUGAAUCAAAUUUCGGUUUUGUCAAUCAAAAACUGGAAAUUAAUAUCUCAUUGUCAGCUAUUGACAAUCUAUGGACUCUCACUCCAAGGAUGGCCGACAAUGAUGACCUUUGGAUCAGCAUUUUCUCAAAUUUGUUUUUAUAUCUCACUGAUGACCGUCCAGAUGUCGGAACUGCAGCGAUAAACACAUGCUUCAACCUCAUAUCAUCGAAUGAGAAGAUUAUUUCGGACAAAACGUUCGAUUAUCUCUUAACAGAGUGUAUUAUCAAAUUAUUAGAGAGCGAAACGUCAUUUAAAGACAACCAGAAUGUGUGGCAAGCGAUAUCUCAGAUGUUUAUUGAUAUUGCUCAUUGCGCGAUUGCUUUUUGGUACAGAUUUGAAGCGAAUAAUUUAUUUAUUGAAAAGUUUUGGUAUUUAAUAUCAGAUAAAGUCAAGUUAUUCUGUUUCGACUGCACCAAUGAAGAAUUCGUGCUCGAUUCGCUCCAGUUCUUCGGAGAAGUCUUUUCCUGUGAAAAAAUUAACCAAAAAAUCCGAACAAAAAUCGGAAAUUCUUUUAACGAAAUUUUGUCACUUUUAAUGGAAAAAUUUGACGAAAAAUCGUUAUGCAUUCAAUUAUUUGGUCGGUACUUUUCACAGAAUAUUGACAAAGUAAAAGAGUUUCUAACCAUAGAUAACUGCAAAUCAUGGUGCGAAACAAUCAAAAAAUCAUGCAUUUUAAUGCAUUCUGAGAAAACAACGCAACAGAGCGUUUCCAAGAUCUUAGACACCAUUCCUAAGAUCAUGCCACUUGACGAAGGCGUUAUGUGGUACUUAAUUGACAUCUUGGCCUUAUCAUUAAAAGAAACUCCUUAUGAAAAGGUCAAAGAGUCGAUUAUUGACUGUUUCAAGCUCAUUGCAGAACAAAUGGAAGACGAGAAGCUUUCAUUCUACAUAAGACACGUAUCUCCAUGUUUCCAGUACAUUUGUAGUGGUCCUGUGGUCGACCAUUUUGUCUCCAGACAUCCUAUUUUGACUUUUAGCGAAACUGAAGUUUAUUUCAGUGUUUUGAGUCAAAGCAGAGCAGGAGACACAAAUAAAAGGAUCAGUUACUUGAUAGAUUUGUUCCCGAACGUUUCUACCGAGAAACAAAUCGAGUUCAUCAAGGUUUGCAACAAUUCGAACUCUUUGAAAUUGAUUUGGUCGAAAUAUUGCGAACCAGAAUUAGAUGAUUUCGAUAUCAAACUUUGCAUGAAUGUUUUCGAAGUAACGUUCGAAACAUUAUGCUCUAUGAUGAGUGAUUUCAUUGAUGAUGAAGAUGAAAUGGUUGAUUUCUUGUCUUUCGUUGUUUCUCAUCAUGCUUAUCCGAAAAAAGUUGGAAAUAACGAAAAUUGUCAAACUUGGCACUUAAUUAAGUUUGUGCCGAAACUGAUUAACUUGUUGACUGAUGAUAGAAAGAGAGUCGCAAAGCUCGCACAGGAAUUGUUGAUGAGAGUCAAUAAAGACUUGAAAACAAUUCUUGGUAAAUAA